AUGAAGCGCAAGCACGAGGACCCCCACUUCGUACGGCCCGCAGGUUCUCAAGGUCCUGCUCAACGGGCAUCCUUCAGCGAGCAAUCGUCCAGCGAUGUUCCUUCUCUCAAAGAUCACCAUUUGCUACCCAUCACCCUCGACAACGCCAAUCAUGGACUCUCACAACUCGCUAGCCUCGAACGCGCGAUUCCGGCCCAUCAGACCGUCACAGACGUCGAUCUCGAGGCUACGCGGCCCACCUACCUCGCGCACUCAUUCCUUUCUCGCUUUCAAUGCUCAGGGCAGCUGGACGACCUCGAACGUGCGAUCAUCGCCACCCGAUCAUCCCUCGAAGACAUUCCGGGCGAACGAUCUUAUCAAUCUUCUCUGCUUGCCGAUCUCUGCAAUUCUGCUGUUUCUCUGUGGGGACGAGCAGUUUGCAAUGACAGCUCAGACGACCUCGAGAUUAUCAUUCAUUUGGGCCACCAGAUCAUCGAUCUCAUACCGGAAAGAGACCCCGAGAAGCCUGUAGUCCUUUACAGACUUGGCCUUCUCAAGGAAGCUCAAUUCUAUGGCAGUCGCGACAAAGCUAGCUUUGACGCAGCGGUCACCACGUUCGUGGAGAUUGCCGCGCAUUCUUUGGCCAAUCCGUCUAUUCGCUUGGAUGCAGCGAGAAGAUUCGUCUCUCUCGUGUCCGAAUGCGUCGAGUUUGCAUCCGCAGAUAUCUUGUUGUUCACGUACGAGCGCGUCUGUGAGAUCUUCCCUGAGAUUGUACAACUUGGACAUACUAUUGCGCACAGGUAUGAAGAGUCUGCGAAGCUAGGAGUCUUAGUCACUUCUGCCGUUCCCGCUUUCAUCAGUUGCCGCCUAAGGCACCAAGCGAUCGUGUGGAUGGAGACCGGUAGAUCUCUGGUCUGGUCGCAUAUAUUAUCUCUACGCGAAAAGGAAGGCUUGGAGCGCAUACAUCCAACGCUCGCACGGGCACUGCACGAAGUCUCAUCGAGCCUCCGGGACUCGGGAGCUGGAUUUCAUGCGAUCUCGCAGACGCUUCAACCCGCACCUUCAGGACAUGUCACCCGCAGUGUGACCGAUGGCGCGGCGGACGGCCACCGCAAUUUGGUUGCCCAGUAUGAAGCUAUCAUGAACGAGAUCCGGGGCCUUCGAGGCUUUGAAGACUUUCUACGUCCGCCAACGAUCGCGAGUUAUAUGGCGAUCAUAGAGCAUCUGGACGGACCUGUUGUCUACAUCAAUGUACACUCGUCCUCGUGUGAUGCGCUUGUUCUCCUCCCGAACGGAGGUAUCAGACAUGUACCGCUCCGAUCUCUGAAGGAGAAAGAGGCUACGAAAUUACGUUCUCGCUGGGUACAUAACCUGAAUCAGUGUCACAGUCGUGUGCGUGCGAACGGGUCGCAAAUAUGGAACUCCAUGUCUGGACAGCGCGAGUUCCGGAUCAUGUUAGAAUGCCUAUGGAAGUGGGUGGUAGAGCCAAUCCUCGGAGCGUUAAACUUGAUCACGAUGUCGAAUCAAUUGACACACAUUACCUGGUGUCCCAUGGGUCCACUCACCCAACUCCCUCUCCACGCUGCAGGUAUAUAUAGCGGAGAAAGGGCGUCACAACUUCAUGCAUUUGAUUUUGUGGCAUCAUCGUACACCCCGUCCCUGUCCGCACUUCUUCGCUGUCAAAAACAGUCACGAGCCAGGCCGCCGCAACCAAGCGUACUGGUCAUCGCGCAGCCCUCGGCACCGGGACUCGAACAUCUUCCAGGCAUUCAAGUCGAAUGCCAGCGACUGCGCGCUGUGAUCCCAAGCCAUGUGCAUGUCAAAUUCCUGGAGGACAAGCAAGGUACAGCACACGCGUCCCUGGAGGCCAUAAAACAGCAUCCCUGGGUUCACAUCGCCUGUCACGGAGCACAGAACGCGGCCGAUCCGACGAAGAGCGCGUUCGCGCUGUACAACAGUCAAUUGACCCUAUCCGCACUGAUGGGCACAGUAGCGGAGGAAAGUGCGGAGUUGGCGUUUCUCUCUGCAUGCCAGACGGCCGUCGGUGACCAGAAGGUUCCCGAGGAAUCUGCGCAUCUCGCUGCGGGGAUUCUCGCUGUGGGAUUCAAAGGAGUCGUGGCAACGAUGUGGUCUAUCAAUGACGCAACGGCUCCCGUCGUCGUUGAAACGUACUAUCGGCGGCUGUUUGAGCUGCGAAGCUCAGAAUCCCUUGUCGCGGGCUAUACAGGUGCCGCAUACGGGCUACAUGAUGCGGUGAAGGCACUUCGGGAUCACGUUGGGGAACAAGACUUCGUGAAGUGGGCUCCCUUCGUGCAUUUCGGCGUCUGA